GCGAUCCAUUGAAUUGUGACCACAGGGAAUAAUCGUACAAUACUAUCCAUGAUCUUGUACAUACGUACGUACGGUAAUCAAAUUUCUGCAUCGUGUCUGGUUUCUUUCUGUCCAUCCACGUACGUACCGUACUUCAAUCACCUGCAAUGAAGCUCCGCGGGAGGCCCAGAGCACGACGGAAAACAACGAUAUCACGACUCAUCAUCAUUCCAAUCAUAGCCCUCCUCGUCCUCGUCCUCCUCGCAAUCCCUUUUUACAACAGUACCCCCAUCGGAGAUUACGUCAAGAAAUUAUCCAACCAUGGCGGCGGGGCGGCGGAGAUCAAGAAACGGGAAGAAGACGAAGAGCGGAGAGGCGACAGAAACGACGUCGUUAGAGGAGAGGAAGUAGUUACGUUAAAAGCGCUGCAGGAUGAGAAAUGCGACUUAUUUAGAGGGGAAUGGGUGCCCAAUCCUGAGAGGCCUUAUUACACAAAUGCGACUUGCGACGCGAUCCAGGACCACCAGAAUUGCAUGAAAUUUGGUCGGCCAGAUUUGGGCUUCCUCAAAUGGAAGUGGAAACCGGACGGCUGUUAUCUUCCCGUUUUUGAGCCUCAUCAGUUUCUGCACCUCGUUAGGGGAAAGUCUUUGGCCUUUGUGGGAGAUUCCGUCGCAAGAAAUCAUAUGCAGUCACUUAUUUGUCUCCUCUCCAGGGUUGCGUAUCCGUUGGAUCUAUCAGAUCCGACGGACCAAAACAAGCGGUACGAAUACAGGGAGUACGACUUCAACAUGUCGAUGUUCUGGACGCCGUACUUGGUGAAAACGGGGAAGCUGGAGUCCAACACGCCCGUGUCGCGUCCUUUCGACGUAUACCUCGACGAGUACGACGACCGGUGGACGACGCAAAUCGGCUUCUUCGACUACAUCGUCAUCUCCGCCGGCCACUGGUUCUUCCGGCCGACAUACUUCCACGUCAACCGCCGCCUAAUCGGCUGCCUCUACUGCUCCGACUCCCACGUCCGCCGCCGCGGCGCCGCGUUCAGCUACCGCCGUGCCUUCCGGACAGCUUUCCGGGCGAUCAACGACGCAGUAGACUUCGACGGCGUGACGUUUCUGAGAACGUUCGCGCCGUCGCACUUCGAGGGCGGGUCGUGGGACAAGGGCGGCGACUGCCGGCGGACGGCGCCGUACCGGAGGAACGAAAUUGGACUCAGGGAUUACGCGCUGGAGAUGUACGCAGUGCAGUUGGAGGAGCUGAGAAUUGCACGAAGAGCAGGGAGCGGAACCGGAGCGAAGUUCAGGCUGUUGGAUGCGACGAAGACGAUGAUGCUGAGGCCCGAUGGGCAUCCCAGUAAAUAUGGGCAUUGGCCAGGGGUAAAUGUGUCAUUACCUAAUGAUUGUGUGCACUGGUGCUUGCCUGGACCCAUUGAUGCCUGGAAUGAUUUUUUGCUCGAAUUAUUGAAAAGAGAAAUGCACCAUUUUAUUUUAUAUGCAUAAACCACAGUAUAAUUAACUUUAAAUCACUCAUUUUUCAUUUAAU